AUGGCCUCCCAGGAGGGCUCGGAAACGUCCCUCUUCGGCCUGAGCGGCGCGCGGGAGCGGAUGCGGGAGAAGAAGAACGGCGCGCUGCGGAGCGCCAAGCUGAGCGCCUCGCUGGCCUCCAAGAUCAAGACGAAAAUCAUCAACAACUCCUCCACUAUUAAAGUCUCCCUGAAGCGCAACAACAAGGCGCUGGCGCUGGCCCUGAACGCGGAGAAGGCGAACGCGCAGCGGCUCACGCAGGAGAAGACGGCCCUGCAGAAGGAGGUGGAGCAGUGCCACUUCCACAACGCUGCCCUGCGCCACAAGCUCUGCCUCCUGAAUAACACCUUGAAAGAAAUGGAAAAGCUUAUGGCAGUGAUUAAGACAGCCCGGCUCUCGGAGUUUUGUACAAGUUCUGCAUCCCUGUCUAAUGGCCAGAAGAACAGCAUAACAGAAGAUAGCUGGGCUGAUGAUUCCACAGAAGGUCAGCUUGUGAGGCCUGCAGUGAUGCUGUUGAAAGCGCCUGUUUCCAAGCUAUGUGAUGGGGGAAGGCAAGAUGGUAGCUCUACAGCAGUACAAACAUCCCCAGUAGAUCUCCAGAGACCAGUUCCUGAUAAGUCCCAGGAAAUUGUGCCUGUUGUCUCCAAAGAUACUUUGUCACAACACCUGGCUGAAAAGUCUCAGUCCCCGCAGGCAGAAAAUAUGAAGAAGCCUGGUGAAGCACUGGAAACGGAAGAGGCUCUUGUUGACUGUCAUGGCUUUGGAGAGACCUUGUAUGCCACUCGACAAAAUCCUAGCAGAUGA